CGAUAGACGGACAGACGAACUGACAGACAGACCGGCCCUACGUCGCGCGCGACUGCGGGCGCGAUCGCGAUCGCACGCGAAGAAGGGAACGCGACGCGACGUAAGAAACGCUUGCUCGGGAGAGGAAAAAAAAAAGAUUGAGCACCACUGCUAUCCCGUAUUCGCGCUCUGUCGUGGAACGGAGGUGACGACCCAUCCCGUCGGUUGUUUCCAUCACGGAGUGUGUUUGAGUGCGUGUCUGACUCUGUGCGUGAGUGAUGGCUUCGAUUCGGGGCUCUCGUUGUAUGCGCUCGAUGGUCGAGCAUCGUCGCGCACACGUCGCCGCACCUACGUCGGGCGGCGCCGCGAAGAGAUCGGCGGGCACCACCGCCACUACCCAUUAUUAAACGCGGACGCUCGUCGUUUCGAGGAGCGAGGAGAGCGAGACGCGCAAGGAAGCGGCCGGCGGAUCGCAGAGAGAGAGAGCAGUGCGGUGCGGUGGUUCCCGGUGAUCAAUGAACUCUGGUUGAGUCGCGUGUGUCGAGGAGAGAGACGGCGAGACACGCACGCAACGAUGGCCCGGCGAACAUGAUGACAUAAUAGAGAUUUAUUGAUUGUAUUCUUUGAGAAAGCACGAAUUAAACAAUUGCUUUGCAAAACAAAAUAAAUGAACCAAGAUGAAUGAUAUAGACAGUUUUGGCAUGAAAGGAGGCUCAAAGAUGCCUCACAGUCAUUCGACGCCAGCUGGUGUGGACGGAGGUAGUAGAACACCUCCUGCGACACCACGAAAGGCUGGAAAAAUGCUCGCAGUUCGUGUACAGAUGUUGGAUGACUCUAUUACAAUGUUUCAAGUGCAGGCCAAAGCACUAGGUAGAGUGUUGUUUGAUCAAGUAUGUAAGCAAUUGCAUCUUUUAGAAGCAGAUUAUUUUGGUCUUGAAUAUCAAGAACCAAAUUUCACAAAAUAUUGGUUAGAUUUGGAAAAACCAGUAUGCAGACAAGUUGGCUUAUCUCUAAUUGAUCCUCUAUUGAGGUUCUGUGUUAAAUUUUAUACGCCGGAUCCUGCACAACUCGAAGAAGAGUUUACAAGAUAUUUAUUCUGUCUACAAAUCAAACGAGAUUUAUCUCAAGGUUUAUUGCAAUGCAAUGACAACACAGCAGCAUUGAUGGCCAGUUAUAUAGUUCAGGCUGAAUGCGGAGACUAUGUGAUAGAAGAUUACCCGGAUCAUACAUAUUUAUCGACAUAUAAAUUUGUGCCUCAUCAGGAUCAAGAAUUAGAACGACGUAUCAUGGAGAAUCAUAAAAAACAUGCAGGACAAUCUCCUGCAGAGGCAGAUCUCAAUCUUUUAGAGACAGCUCGACGUUGCGAAUUGUAUGGAAUGAAAAUGCAUCCAGCUAAGGAUCAUGAAAACGUUCCACUGAAUCUUGCAGUAGCACAUAUGGGCAUUGUAGUUUUUCAAAAUUAUACUAAGAUAAAUACAUUUAGUUGGGCCAAAAUCAGAAAAAUCAGUUUCAAACGAAAACGCUUUCUAAUCAAAUUGCAUCCUGAAGGUUAUGGUUAUUAUAAGGAUACAGUCGAGUUUUUCUUUGAGGGACGUAAUGAGUGUAAAAACUUUUGGAAAAAAUGUGUAGAAAACCAUGGUUUUUUCCGCUGCUCUGUAGUUAAGAGAGUCGUGAGGCAAAAAACCAGAGUGCUUAGCCGUGGAUCAUCAUUCAGGUAUAGUGGCAAAACUCAGAAACAGAUUGUCGAAUUUGUUCGGGACAAUUAUGUGAAGAGGCAGACAUUUCAAAGGUCCAAUUCGUUCCGGCAGACUAGCGGUGGUAGGGCAUUGCAGGGCUCGGAGGGGGGAGGCUAUCGUGGGGCCACUCCAAGCAGCUCCCUUAUGGGCAGCUCCAGCAUCUCUGCCCACCCCCUCCUGCCCCUCGGCGAUCCUGCCCUAGCAACCCCAGCUCUGUCUCUGUCAUGCGGCUCGAUGACACUGGAUUCUCCGACGACUGUGACGAGUGUCUCGAUGGGCGGGACGAUUCACCGUCGAGAAGACACAGCUACAUCGUUUCGGACGCUUACCUCUAUCGACGUCCAUUCGCCAGCCACCCCCAGCCAGGUCCCAGCACCGCGGCAGAUGCAUGCUACCAGUCAACAACGGAUUUCAUCAACAGGUCGUAUCAGCCCCUCUAACAGCAGUCCCCCCGAAUUCCCACCACCACGACCUCUGCCCAGACACCCCUGGCAACGGUCGGCUAGUUGUCGCGAAUUGUACGCUUCUAGUUUCGAGGACUCCGGUAAAGCGCGACCGCGGGACGAUAAGGUCACCGCGGAACCGCCAUUAGACCCAUUCCAAUUAGCUUCUCAAGGUGAACUAGAUAACCCCAUAACGCGUUACGACGAGAGUAAUCGUUCGUAUAGCGCUGCUAGUUCGAAAUUACCUUCUUUAGAUCACGACUCUGUCCCCGAGCGUGUCUACAGCAGUUCCUACCCGGGAACGUCGUCGUUGUCUACCGAAUCGGGUCAUGAGGAAUCGGGUCCUGCUGGAGAUCUCUCGCACGAUGAUCUCUCGCACGAUUCUUACGAGCUGUUGGAACGCGAACACGAAUUUGAGUAUCCGGAAUCGUAUUCCAGUCCGCACGAUGAACCGAUAUCCGAUCAAAGCGACGAAGGAAUCGAGCACGAGAUGUUCCAAAUGGACUCCGAGACCGAUUCCUUCGUCAAGCAUAGAUCGUUAAAGCCUUCUGAGAGACAACAAUAUAAGACCGCGUUAUCUGAUCUUAAGAACGGUAAAACUAAGUCCAUUGAUCGGUACUCAGCUAUAUCCAAGGCAGACGGUGAUUAUGUGAUCACCGAAUCCAGGAUACAACGGUCGUGCACUCAAAUAGAACGUAAAUUUGAGAUGAGACACGCCAAUUCCGUGGAACAGCCGUCCAAGACGACUAUUCCGCAUCAGGACUCCGCCAGAAAAGAUCCUGUAAUAUUACAGGUGCAAAAACAAAAGAUUUCCGUUCUUAACGAGUUGAAGAAUUUGAAACCAAAGUACAAGAUCACUCAUGUAGACUCGGAGGUUUUGCGAGACGAGGGUAUUAUGCGUCCGAAAUCGCGAAUUGAUGACGAUUUGAGUCCGGUUGACGGAAGUGGUAAAACCGUGUUAGAUCAUGGCGCGAGAGGUAGAACGACCAGAGCACGCAGUAUCGCUAGCUUGGAUGAUCAUCCGCCACGAUUAUACGUUGAGACAGGUAGCUUAGGUCGUGGACACAAAUCUAGGGAUAGAAAAUCGCGAGACUCUGAUAUUAAAGUCGAAAAAAUGUUAUCGAAAGAGCGUAGGAGCAUCGAAAAGGAGGAGCGAAAACGAAUUGAGAGGGAUUAUUCGAGGGAUUCUAGGCGAAUUGAUAAUAAAAGCGAUUCUCGGGAGCGUCGGUCCAUGGAUCGACUCGAUUCGCGCGAUUCGCGGAAAUCGGACAGUCACGGUCGUCGCAGUAUAGAUCGGAUCGAUAUGCGCGAAUUACGUAGGAGCAUUGAGCGACUCGAUGUGCGCGAGAAAAGCUACGAAAAUUUGGACUCGAGGGAAAAGAGUGCCUUUUAUUACAAUGAUUUCUACGAAUCACGCGGUAAGAGCGUCGAUCGUUUAGAUUCUCAAGGGCUGCGCAGCAGCAUGGAAUAUCUGAGGAGUCCUAAGGAGAGGAAGAGGAGCACUCAUCGGCAUUCAGAUACACGAGAGCGCAGGGAAAGAAGUAUCGAGCGGAUUGAUUCUCGAGAAUCUAGAAAAAGCAGAGCGGCUUCUAUUGACUAUGAGAGGCAUACUUUAGAACGUUUUGAUUCUGGCAAUAAAAGUCCGUUCGAACGAUUAACUCCAAAAGAACAACGAAGAAUGAGCAUAGAGAGGCUGGAUUCUCAAAAGUUUGACUUUGAUCCGCGAACGAUCGAACGUUUAAAAUCAUUGGAACGUUAUGAGCAAAGAGAUCGACUUUAUGAAAGAAAGGCGGAAUCGAGAAGCGCCGAGCGAAAAAGUCUAGAAAAGCUGGAUUCGCGGGAGCGAAAAUAUUUGGGACGCUUGGAAUCGCGAGAGGGAAGAAGCCUCGAGUGCCUGGAUUUCGAUAACACUGAGCGCAGAAAGAACAUCGAGAUGAUGGAAUAUAAAGAUCAAAAAAGGAGCAGGAGCAAACCUGAAAAAUCGGAAGAGAAACCGCGAGAGCGCGAUGACUGGAGGAGCUUGGAGAAAGCGCGGAAGGACGAUGAGAGACGAGAACGAGAACGGCAAGCGAAACUGUCUCUCGAAUCUCGUACAGAGACUGUCAUCGGUAUGCCGCACGAGAUGGAGAAUUUAAAACCGAAAGCCGUGUUUGCCGAGUACGAGCCGAAAGUUAUCGGCGGCGUCGUGCUGGGUUUCGAAGAGACCGCGUUGCCCGGUCAUAUACCGGUGGAACGUACAAAGAGCGAUCCGAAUCCGGCACGACAGAGAUUAGGAUCCAACAGCAAGCGACAUAUGUUGAUGCAUCAGAAAUCCAUAGAUCUGACUCCCGCUGAUUCCGGCGAUGAAGAACCGUUUUCGGACAGUGCGGCGACAGUGCAGAAGACCAAUGUUGAUAUACCGUACACAUUGCACAAAAGGCAUGUUAUGAACGGUACGGCAUCCGAUGAGAAAUCCGAGUCGGAUAGCAGCAAGACUUCGAAGAACGUCAAGAGUACCGCCAAGGACUUGCCGAAGCUGCCGUUGAAAAUGAUAACAGACAUUUCGUACUUUGAUUUAACCAAGCUUUCCUCGAUAGAUAAGACUAGCAGUAAAUUAUCUCCGGAUAAACCGAAAAGCGGCGCGAUCACCGCCACAAGACCAAAAUCUAUAUUGAGUCCAUCGGAUAAGCCGAAGAGUAUUUUAAGUCCGUCAAAACUUUCGCCCACAGAUCCAAAGAGUAUUGUUUGCAGUUUGUCGCCUACAAACAGAAGUCCUUCGAAGGCGAAUGCGAAGACUCAAUCUCCUGAUAAGCUUUCACAGAAAGGUGGUUCGUUAGACAGAAACAGGGCCGAAGUCAUCAUCAACGAAGAUUAUACGUGUAAGAAAUCUUCUAGUUUAGAUAAAAAGCCUACGAAAUUAUCUCCGGUCGAACCGAACGUUACCAUCAUCUCAGCACUCGAAAAACGUUCGCCCAAGAAAUCACCAACUGAUCCUAACGUAACUAUUGUUUCCGUAAUACAGAAAAAGAAAUCUAUAGAUGGAGCGCCCAGAAGUCCUACUAAUGUUGCAAAAACAGAUGCUAAAUCGAAAGCCGCUUUAAAUUUUGCUGAUGUUGUCGGCAUGGAAAUGAGGCAAAAUCUGGAACGCAAAGCGAAACUUGAAAAAGAUAGUUUGAAAACGCCGGAUGAUAGUUUAGAGAAACAAGAUAGCAUCGAGAAGAUACCAUUACCAGAAAUUCCUGGCGAUGGAAAGGCAGACAACAUAGAGAAAAUGGCGUCCGAUGAUCAAGUCAUCGGAAAAAUGCAACAAGCAAUGCUCAAAGAAUUGAUCCAUUCAUUGAAACGAACCGUCGAUGAUUUGUCCGACGAUGAUCAAAGGAAAGAAAAUGUACAGUCCGUUAUAGCUGAAGUUCACAUAUCAGCUGCGGCGGAAAUAAAAACGGAAAAACCACCGAUUCCGGAAAAACCAAAAAUAUUGGAGAAGCCAAGUAUUCCCGAGAAGACAAAACGUAUUUUGGAGAGAAUAGAAUCAAAGUUCUCAGAAGUUAGUAAAAAUUCCGCUACAAAAAUAUCGAGACCCAAGAUCAUCGAUACAGGAUUUGACGAUUUUGUUGAUCCAGUCGCCGAUUUGCCUUUGGACGAAGUGCCUGUGAAACCUGCUUUAGAAUUGGAUAGUCUUAAAGUUCCUGAAUUUGUUCCUUUCAUGCUGAGACCGCACGCAGAACCGUUAAGAUCAAAGUCCCUGUCUCUGGCAGAAGAAAAAGCACCGAUCGAUACAUUGCUUUCGCCGGAAGUCGAAAAUAAACACUUCGUGCAAGAUGUCUCUCCGAAAAGGGUGAAAAAAGUGAAAUCGGAGCCGAAAAAGGACUUCAAGAAACAAUCAAAAUCAUUGGAGGGUGACAAGCCACCACUGAAGAAAAGUGCGUCGAAGGAGUCGCGUGCACCGGUGGUGAGUACAAAAAUUGAUAAAUCUAAAUUAAAGCUCGGCGAAAUGCCACAGGAGAUUAUAAUAAUCGAUUCGACUGAUGUAGCGCCAGAGAUAAGCAUCGUUCAAAAAGGUAGAUCGAAAUCCGUAACCAGAUUGUCUGACAAGCCAUUCUCCACAUCAAAGGAUGACAAGGAAGAGACAAAGAGUACUCGUGCGAAAUCCGCAUCAGUCGACGAUGAAUUGAUUAAGGGCACGAUAAAGUCCGAAAAAUCCAGACCGAAAUCGCUGGGAAUAUCAAAGAGCUUAGGAAGUACGGAGAAAAAAGAUUCAGUAGAAAAAAUAUCACCGAAGAGGACUAUCAUAUCCAAAAUUGUUGCCAAGAUGGAUUCAAAAACCGAAAGUAAAUCUGCAAGGGACGCAGUAUCGAAGCAGGAUUCGAAAUCGAUGCGCGGCAAAAUAGCAUCAAAAGUAGAAGCGACUAGUGAAGAGGCUAACGAAUCGAAACAGCCUAAGUUGGAGAAAGAUUUUAAACCGUGUGUUAAACCUGAUGUCGUGAUCGAUCAGCCAGCAGAGACUAAACGGACUGCAGUAACGGAUGAAUCCAAAGAAUCGAUCAAGGAAUUAUUAGCUAAGGAACCAACGAAGGAUAGCGCGAAGAAAACUGCGCUUGCUCAAGAUUUAACUCAAUCUCCCUUAGUAUUACGUAAACCGGGACAAACGCCGAUAUUGUUUGCUCGCGCGCGCCUUGGUCUUUCCGAAGGUAGCGGAAUUGGCGCUUUGCAACGUCAAGGAGCGACGCAAUCGCCUACCGCUCAGCGACGCGCCAAAUCCUUGGAUGCCGCGGUAAUCUCUGUACACAGGCUCCCGCCGGCAAACGCGUUUUCCAGUAAGGAUGACACGGUGGACGUAUCGGAGAAUCUGGAGGAUCGAGAAAAUGCUGCUGCUGCCGAAGAAGCCGCUCGAGAAGGUACGAGCGUAAUAUCGAAGGUACAAUCAGCGCAAAUGGAGGCUUCUCCGAAUCACAGAUCCGACAGUACUGAUCACACGACCAUUCCGGAGAUAUGCACAGAUUCUCUGUCUGUUACCGAGACUUCGGCGCAAUAUUUAGAGUCACCAUUAACAGAAUGCAACGAAAUUGUAACCAGCAUCGAUUUGAUACCUUACGAAGGACAAGAGAAUGGUAGACAAAUUCCGUUUAUUAAUUAUAUUAAUGGAAAUGAGAACAUUACAGAAAGCACCAAAGUAGAGGAAGCUACGAAAUUCAUCGAUCAAAGUUCCGCGGAAUCCGGCGGUGAACAGGAAACUUCUCAAAAGAGUUCUGAAGCGAUAAAGGCUGACGUGCCUUCGAGAGUUGUUCAAUCGGAUCAGUCGGUAAUCUUCGUGAAAAGCGCUAGUACGGAAGUUGUCGUCUGCAAACAAAAGCAAACCGAAUUGUCGAAGGAUGCUAUUGAGGACUACAAUGGAGAAGGAAGUGUGAAAAUUGGCGAAACAAUAUCGAUAAAAUCUCCGACUCGUCCAGAAGAUCUUUAUACCAAGAUCGAAGAUUCUGACCGGAAAAGUCCGUCUGAGAGGGACGAUGUUCCUGACGUAACUAUAAGCGUAGUUCGAGAAGACGAAAAAUACUUUCUUAGUUAUUACGAUCAAGAUGAGCUUCCGGAUAUGGUCAAAUCGCCGAUACAGAUAUCUAUCGAAGAGUGCUCAGAUGACGAGGGGAAUCUGGAGGAGGAAGAGGAGGAAGAGAGACUGGAGGUGGAGGAGAUUGACGAGCGGGAAGAAGAGGAAAACAAACGACUCGACUCCCUUGAUACAAGCGAGGAUACGCUAGAUGCACUCGAUACACAAGUGCAAAUGCGAGGCGUCGAUAGUGAAAUGAGCUCGCCGGAUUAUGGUGUCGAUAAAAUGGAUGAAAAAACGUUAGUUGAGGUUGAAUUGACACCGGAAUAUCUGGAGAUGAAAAGAGAAGACGAAGAGACCGCGGAAGAAUUACCGGAAGACGAGCCGGUCAAAGAAGCCGUAGAGAUCGCGGACUCGAAUCGUUUAUCCAUCGAUAAGAAGCUCAGACUAAGCACUGAACGCUCGAGAAGCGAGGAAACCAAUACUUGGACACCGGACAGAGAAGACCCUGACUCCAGUUCAUGUUCCAUCGCUCGGCCAUUGGGGAUCGGUCAGAUACAACCUAUAGUAGAUCGUCGGGAGAUAGCUCUGAUUGAAGGCGCUCGCAGUGGUUCUCUAGAUGAUGACAAUAGCAACGACUCGCAACCAGCUCCGAAGCACGAGAUGAGCGCGACGUGGAAGUCGUUUCCGCAAGAGAGCUCCGGUAGUUCUAGUUUAGAGGAGGGCUGGGUACCUCAAGACGAGAGCAAUGCGCAGCAGUCGCAUUCUGAAGAUAGCAACGGUCAAAAUGAGGACAGUUUUCAAGAGGAUCUAGCAGAUUUUCCUGGCACUUUUAUCUAUCCUAUUGGACCCGAGAUAUUGGCCAAUUACGGUGCGUUCUCGCUCUCUCGUACAUUAUCCAGAAUAUCUGAGCGCUCAACUACGUCGGAGCAGGACAAAAGCGAUUUUGAAGACUCCUUCAAACCCAGUUCGAGGUCGCCGAGUCUCGACGACGAAUCUUUAAUGUCGAGCGACCAUCAGCCGUCUUUGUCAUCGGAUCCACCGUCCGGUACGGCAUUACCAUCUGUCUCCGAUGAUCGCAGAACGUCCUCUGAGUUACCGGAUAUCCCUAUUGACGUGAUUGGCGCGCAGGAGGAUGAUUCGAAAUCACCACGAACGAACAGAAGAUCACGAUUGCAGCUACAAAGCUCCGAGGACUGGCCAUCGCCGCCGAGCUCACCCGUUUUCGAGACGCCGGUGGUGAGUCACGUGGAGACGUUCUACAUGGAGAUCAAACCGGAGGAAGCUGUCAAAGUCACCGUCACGGACAGCACCGAGACGCCUGUUCAAGGAGCGGAACGAGACAGUGAUUCGAGUGAUGAGAACCGAACUCUGCACGACGAUCUUCAUUCGACGUUUUUGGAGGAUGGACAAAGUUCGACAUCCGCGACGACGGUCGACGGUACGGUUAAGAUCGCAGUGAAACCAAAAUCGAACUCGUACAUAACCGGCUCGUCGCACAGCGAGGAUACAUCGAUGGGCCUGUCCAUGUCCGAGUGGUCCAGCUCGAACAAUACAGUGCGCCAAUUUUGUCAAUACUCUGGCACUAAGUCCGACGACAAUUCGCUAGCGGAACUUGGCGCCUCGAUCUCGGAUUGGUCGGGUAGCACUACGGUGAUACCGCAGCAAUAUUAUUCCACGGCGGCCGCGGACAAGAGCCAGAGCGACACCACGACGUCCGAGAGGAGCGCGACCAGCAUGAGGCCGAAUUCAAAGUGUCAAACUGCUGAUACUUCUUCUCUUCCCUCGCCACCGUCUCCUUCUUCGUUGCCGCUACCCGUGUCGCCACCACUGCCUUCUCCACCAGCGACGACUACCUCCCCGUUCCGAUACGAGGAUGAAGAUAUCGGUUCCGCGAUCGAACAACGCGAAGCUUUCCAAGAGACGCUCGAGAAAGACAAUCACCGCCAAGCUCGAACGCACAGCGACGAAUUUGACGAAGCGCGACGAUUUAUCGAGAGUCAAUUUGACGAGCAUCGUCGAUCGCGUCGCUACGACGACGACGACGAGCAACAGCAGGGUAUUUAUCCGGAAUUCGUCGGCAUCUCGCCGCCUCGCAUCACUCUUCGAAACGAGUACGACGAGGCUAUCGACGAUGUUGAUUUUCAAACGGCUCCGGAGGAUGAAACGACACUCUGCAUCGAUGAUACGGCGCUGCCGAUUCCCGAAGAGGAUGAAGAAGAUCAACUGUACGAUAACGUGCCCGCCAUGAAGUAUUCCAGCAGCGACCAAGUACGAAUGGAAGUCGGCCGGGGUGACAGUUCAGAGGACAUGCACGAGAGAUACGCCGAUCUCACGUUACAAUCGAGAUUGGCGGAUGACGAUUGGUCCUCGGAAGAGCGGAGAGACGUCCCUCCGGAACGCGAGAAACCUAUGAGAGUGAUGGGUAAAUUCGAUCGCGGCUUCUCGGAGCCUAGUCCACAUGAAGCGGGCAGAUAUCAGGGCACCCGUUCCACCGAGCGGCCUGUGAUGGUACCGAUUCGUGCCAAGUCGACCCCGUAUUACUCCACGACGAGUCAGAGCGGCGAGUCGACCACGUCCAGUCCGCCGAUGCAGAUCAGAACGCAGAUCAGAACGAAAACAAUGCCUUACCCGUCGAGCCGCAGCCCGCAGAGCGAGGGUGACACGUCCUCGAGCAUGGAUAGUCCGGCGCAUACGCCCGACCGGGGCCAACGGGCCUUUCGCCGGAAACGUCAGCAGAACACUAAGAGACGACAUCGCGUCGUCGUCGAUCUCGAGGUCAAAGACGGUCAUAUAGUAUCCAGUACCGAUUCCAGUUUCGACGUGGCGACGAUACCGCCGCCUCUGCUAAUGGAGGGCCAAAAUCUCGGCAUGGAGGAUGACGACGAGGACGAUGAGAUGUCCGAGACGAGGGACGAACGACGUCGCCAGCAACAGCGUUGACGGGACGUUAACGAUCGUCACUAAAUAGAAAUGCCGAGUAGACAGAGAGAGAGAGAGAAUAGAUGAUUAGCCACUCGCUCGGGCUCAAAUCGAUAGAAUCUAUAAAGGAAUCUUUUCAAUCGUGGAAUUGAGCGCACACUUAGAAUUGAUAAACUUAAAACGGCUACGCGCGUUGACUUAUCUUGAUCUAUCGCACGAACGAAGAUCAACCGCAAACCGGAUCGACGACUCUGGCCUUUGUUUUUUUUUGCAAAUGAUCCCGAUUCAACGAUGGCGAUUACGCUCGAUAAAAAUUGGGCCGGGAUCGAGAAUCAUAUAUACGGGUAUGUUUGAGACGAAAGUUACACCAACGACGAUGAGAAACAGGACGGUCGUAAAAGACUCGUCCGUCGCAUUUCUGGGUUAAGAGACCCAAGCGAAUGAUCAAAAUCUGCGCGAAGAGAAAUUUAGCAUAAUUAUCGUUAGGGAUACGAAAUAAUACACACGUUUGUUACACGUUUUAGAGAGAUCCGGUUUACUUUGAUAUUAUCGUCAUGAUAGAAUUUUCCUUCCUUCCCCCCUCCCCCCCUUUCCUCCUCAUAAACGAGUACUUAGCGAGUAUUAUACUCAUAAUAACACGGAAAGCGAAUAUCUUAAUUAUUACGAUCGACGUGCACACAAUCGACGCGUUAUAUCCUAGAAAUAAUAAUAAGGUACGACAUAUUAUAAGAUAGAGAUCGAAGGAGCGACGCGUAGAAUUUUCGAGAGUAAUCGUAAAAAAAAAGAAAGAAAAAGAAAAAAAAACAGUUUAAGUCGUAUGCGUAUAUAAAACCGCGUAAUCAUUUUUAACCCUUUAAUCGGUCCAAUCUUUAUUUAGUUUAUCGCACGAGAUAUUAUCCUCUCCUUCCACCCCACGGCCCCUCCCACCCUCCACGGCCACUCCCGUCAUUGCUAGGGAGGAGUCUUGUGCUAGGAUGAUUAAAUGAGUUUUUUUUUUUUCCAACAAUUUUGUUACAUAAUCACACCUAGUGCACUCCCCUACGGCACGCGUUAUUCGUGUUACGCUAAACGCAACAUUAAAGGGUUAAAUAGAAAUCACACGGCAUUUCCAAAAGUGACAACUACACGGUCGCGCGACUUGAAUACACCAAGGACAAUCACAAUUGCGAGGGGCAGAGAGAGAUCGCCGUGGGAUCUCUCUCUCUCGAGGGAAGUGGA